AUUUGGCCUUAUGCUUAUGCUUCAUCUUGUUGGCUGGUUCCCCUCCGACACGCUCUCGAGCUGUCUCAUCCGCGCUCUCCUGCUCACUCUGACCCGUCUCGCUCUCGGCUAAGAUCGUCCAAACAACGUCCGUGAAAAGGCGGGAACAAGCCUCUCAGCUUCCGGGCAUCCGUGAAACUCGUGACCGCUUGGCCGUCAGCUCUGAUUUUUCUCUCUUCCCGUGUCUCCGACGGUCAAAUCUGCUGGACCGAAGUUGCGAGCGCGGAGUCGCGCAUAUUUUGUGUUGGUUUUUUUUGGUUCGUCGGCCUCGCUGGUUCGCCGAGACUCGUCGCCCGUUCCCAUUGGCGCUAACAACCCCCAUCGCCGUCCACAACGAAUGACAUAAUCAGUGGUAUAAAACUGUUCAACCCGUCUUCACUUCGCAAACCUCCUUCGCGGGCUCUCUCGCCCCCGCCGUGAUCUCAUCCGGUUCUCACCUCGCUCUUCGACCUUGGGAAGGACGUCGGUAACCCCGAGUGCAUACAUUCCGUGCGCUUCCGCCAGUGCAUUUGUGAUUGAGGAUGUCCGACCUGUCGAAGGCCGAGUCGACGCAAUAUCCGGCGGCCCACCUGGGCCACCUGACUGAUGACCAGCAGGCUGCGCUUGACAAGUUCAAGGCUUUGUGUCAAGAGCAUGGCUACUAUACUCCACCAAGUGAUGAUGGCUCCAAACAGGCCAGCCAUGACGACGCUACCCUGCUGCGGUAUCUGCGUGCGCGCAAGUUUAACCCUCCAGAAGCCUUGAAACAAUUCAAGGAGACCGAAGAUUGGAGGAGGGAGAAUAAGCUCGAUCAGCUCUACGAUACCAUGGACAUAGCAGAGUACGAGGAGAGCCGUAGACUGUAUCCGCAGUGGACGGGUCGUAGAGACAAACGAGGCAUACCCGUUUAUGUGUUCGAAGUGGCCCCUCUCAACUCAAAGGCCAUAAAUGAGUACCAAAACUCCAUGACCAAAUCGCCGCUCAUGAAGUCGUCUAAGGUGCCCACCAAGAUGCUACGUCUUUUUGCCUUGUAUGAAAACUUGACCCGUUUCGUGUUGCCCCUAUGCUCCGCCAUCCCAGAUCGGCCCCAUCCUGAGACCCCCAUCACCCAGUCCAACAACAUCGUCGAUAUUUCUGGUGUUGGGCUUAAGCAAUUCUGGAACCUCAAGUCGCACAUGCAGGACGCGAGUCAGCUGGCCACUGCCCACUACCCUGAGACACUGGACCGUAUCUUCAUUAUCGGAGCUCCGUCCUUCUUCCCAACCGUGUGGGGCUGGAUCAAGCGCUGGUUUGACCCCAUCACCGUCUCCAAAAUCUUCAUCCUUUCCGCAUCAGACAUGAAGCCGACCCUGGAGAAAUACAUCGACAUUGAGAACAUACCCAAGAAGUACGGGGGCAGGCUCGACUUCGAGUGGGGCAUGAUGCCGCUCCUGGAACCGGAGAUCGCUAACGCGCUGCAAUGGAAAGAGGGCGGCCCAAUGCUGAACGGAUCCCGCACCAUCCCCACAGGUCCCAUCAAGUGGCGCAGCAGCGGUCCUUCGGGAACCUCGCUCGAAAUGGUAGCAUCCGGAAGCGAGAACGGUGUGCAGCGCAACAAGGUGCUCGCUGAGAUCCAGACACCCUUCUGCGACAUGCACGGGAUCUCGCGGCAAAACACAAAGAACACUCCCGUCCGCUGGGAGCUCGAGCGCGUGCAGAGCACCACGGGCACCUCCACGCAACCAAAGGAGGAAGGUGAUUUGUACUUCGGCGCGGAGCUCGCGAGCCCUCAGGGAACGCCGCAGGCAAGUGGGAGUGCGACGCCGGCUCAAAUCGUAGCUAGUGUUCCGGGCGCAAACAACACGGCAGACACGCCCGCGAAGCCGGUGGAGGACGGAAGCAACAAUCUGCGCCCGUCGGCCACCCAGCCCAGAGAAGGAACCUCGGAGACGAAACUGGAGCAGCAGAAUACCACUCUUGCGGCAGGCGCCAAUGCGGAUGGCACGCCUCACACGAUCCACUACGGUUCCGGCGAUAAGGCGCAAACAGUUGAACCAGCAACCGUCGGUCAAGCUCAGAAAGAUAUUUCCGCGAACCUGCCUCGACCCGAAGAGGCCCCUGCUUCUGGUGUCUUGCAACAAGCCCAGGCCGCUGUUGCUGGCGUCGCUGGUGCCGCGAGCUCGGCUGUUGCUAGCGUCACGGGGGCUAUGAGCGGCCUGGCUGUUGGUGUAAAAAAGGAGUCUACGGAGGACGUGGAAGAGAGCAAGGACAAACUUGAGGAUCCAAAAGUGGAUCGGGCAGGGGAUGAAAAAGUUGAGGAGUACAUCAAGUCUCAGUACCCAAGCACUUCUCCGCUAGUAGCGGAGAAAUAAGUUCUUCCCUUCUUCUUGUCAUGUUUCUCCUUGGAUUUUGAGGUAAACGGUGGAGGGCACUUAAUACAUGGCCUUUGUGAGGCUAUAGAGCAUGGCCUAGAUUCCUGGGUGUCUACAUGGUUACGUCUUUUGCUGUUGUGAUGGUUGACUUACCCUGAGGACUGGCAUUUGCACGGUGUUCCUAGCAUUUUGCCUCUGGGACGUUCCGCUAGUGGAACUCCGAUUGCAAAGAAUAUAACUUUGAUUAUCGAA